AUGACCCGCCAGGAUGCUCCGUUUUCCGCGGGGAGCGUACUCAUCUUGGCAUUAAUCGCGUCUUUCGUGGCGCUGAUUGCGCCGGUUUCCGCGGCAAAGCAGAGUGACUUCCCCGCCUGCUGGUACUCGGGCCUGCUGCCCGUGAAACCGAAUGUGACUGUAACGAGCGGCUUCGAGCUGCGCCGUUCCGUCGUCGAUCUCCGAGACUUUCACCCACCCUUAGCCGUUAUUCCCCCCUCUCCCCCUUCCCUCCUGCAGGAGCACGCGCGGGUGUGCGCGCAGUUCAGCGAGUUCCAGCAGUGCCAUCUCCUCCUGGAGCAGGUCGUGUGCGCGCCAUUGGCUGUAGCUCGAGUCGCAUUUUUACGCUCUCUCACUCCCUCUCACUUCCUCUCUCACUCGUCUCCUGUCGUGCUCCUAUUGGCGCAGGUGUGCACGCAGUUCAGCGAGUUCCAGCAGUGCCAGCUCCUCCUGUCCGCCCCUUCACUCCCGCCCUCCUCAUUCUUCCACCCCUUCCCCCUCUCUUCCCCCGCCUCCCGCGCCACCUCCUCCCCCUCUCCCCGCUCUUCCUGCGCAGGUGUGCGCGCAGUUCAGCGAGUUCCAGCAGUGCCAGCUCCUCCUGGAGCAGGUCGUGUGCGCCACGGGGUGCAACCCGGACAGGCAGCUGCUUCACCCACUUCCCUCACCCAUCCACCCGCUUCCCUCACCCAUCCACCCGCUUCCCUCACCCAUCCACCCGCUUCCCUCACCCAUCCACCCGCUUCCCUCACCCAUCCACCCGCUUCCCUCACCCAUCCACCCGCUUCCCUCACCCAUCCACCCGCUUCCCUCACCCAUCCACCCGCUUCCCUCACCCAUCCACCCGCUUCCCUCACCCAUCCACCCGCUUCCCUCACCCAUCCACCCGCUUCCCUCACCCAUCCACCCGCUUCCCUCACCCAUCCACCUACUUCCCUCACCCAUCCACCCGCUUCCCUCACCCAUCCACCCGCUUCCCUCACCCAUCCACCCGGUUCCCUCACCCAUCCACCCGGUUCCCUCACCCAUCCACCCGGUUCCCUCACCCAUCCACCCGGUUCCCUCACCCAUCCACCCGCUUCCCUCACCCAUCCACCCACUUGCUCACUGACUCUGGUCAACCCACCCACCACCCCCUCCACCCCACGCGCCCCCCACAGAUUCGGGCAGCUACUUCAAGCUGGUCAACGGCACGCGCGUCAUGCAGGUCUGCAACGCCUUCUCGCAGACCGUCUACCAGACCUGCAAGGGGCUCACACGAGUGGCGACGCUCAACAGGUUCUUCCCAACACCCGAGCGAUUCAUGGAGGGCCUGUUGGGCAAGUGCCUGGUGUCGCCACACUCGACAAGUUCUUCCCCACAGCCGAGCGCUUCAUGGAGGACCUGUUCGGCAAGGUGGGCACGGCGUUUGGCGUCUACAACUUCACAGUCGCCGUCACACCAGACGCCUCUGACCAGACCCAGUGCUACAACGGGCCCAAGAAGCUGCCCCCCAUGCCCUUCUGCUGUGACCCGCUUCCCAUCCCCAUUGAGAAGUGCCCCGCUAAGGUUAUGAACUUCACCGAGUAUCCCAAAAUGAGGCAGUAUAUUAAUAGGACGGUCACUGACAGGCAGUGUGAUAAGUUCAAGUGCAGCAACAGUGGCGGCGAUGGCGGUGCUGCUGCUGGUGCUGGUGGUGGCACAAGCACGAAGCUGAAUGGCAUCACAUCACCUACUGACUGUAUUCCUACAAGCAACACUGGUGGCAGCAGCAGUGGUGGUGCUAAUUCGAGCAGCAGCAGCAGUGGUGGUGCUGAUUCGAGCAGCGGCAGCAGUGGUGGUGCUGAUUCGAGCAGCGGCAGCAGUGGUGGUGCUGAUUCGAGCAGCAGCAGCAGUGGGGGCUCCCCGUCUGGUUCGAGUGGGGAAAAGAUCUCCCAUCGCCUGCAUGCCACGGCUAAUUUUGUUGCUGUGAUGGUGAUGCUCGCAGUGCUGGCACUGCUGUGA